AUGUCCUGGAAAUUUUCCACGCUAGAAAAUUGCCGAGCACUGAUAUGCCGAGCAAUACAACGGUUUAUGCCCAUAAAGCUUCCAUGCUGGCAGAUAAUCCAAUUUGUUCACGAGUCCAUUCGUGCAAUUUACACAGCUACUCGUCUCUGGAUUAACAGUCCAUCUAUAAUAGCACAAGGCUAUCGCGUCCCCCAUUUCAGGCAUUUGAGUGGUAUUGAAAGUAGUGAUGUGUCUGUGUACCUGCUGCCCUUGUACUUCCAAAUAGAAGUGAUCGUGGGUUUGGAAGCCAACUUAUCAGCAUUUGUGAUCCUGUCCCAGGGAAAGUGCGGACUUUCCACUUGUACCACUCAUUACCUGGUGGCCAUGUCAGUUACAGAUCUGCUGGUUCUUAUCACCGAAGUCAUACUCCGCCGAAUCAACAAUUAUUAUUUACCAUUAAACAUACUGAAGCUCACCUCUGUUUGUCGACUACUCUAUGUUAUGAUUCGUGCAGCUAUUGACUGUUCGGUCUGGUUCACUGUCGCUUUUACCUUUGACCGAUUUGUUGCCAUUUCUUGCCAAAAGCUGAAAUUGAAAUAUUGUACCAAGAAAACUUCAACUGUGGUUCUUGCACUAACUAGUAUUCUCCUAUGUUUAAAAAACUUUCCCAUCUACUUCAGAUAUAAACCUAAAUGGAUAAUCAACAAUGUGGAAUGGCGUUGCUCGAAUAAGAAAAACUACUUUAGAGAUCCCAGGUGGACAGGAUUUAGGAUUUUUGAAAAGGUAUUAACACCAUUAUUACCAUUCGGUUUAAUUCUGUUGCUUAAUGCUAUGACAGUCAGACACAUUUUAAUGGCCAGUCGAGUCCGUAAGGGACUGAAGGCGCAAAGAAAAGGUGAGAAACGCAGUGACCAGGAGAUGGAGAGCCGAAGGAAUUCCGUGGUUUUACUCUUUACCAUAUCGGGCACCUUCAUCCUCCUAUGGCUUGUUUACUUGAUAUAUAUUUUUGAUUUUGAUGGUUCCAUAAUUGAUCCUAGUGGGACGUUUGAAGUGCUUGCUUAUAUGCUGAGAAAUUUAAGUUGCUGCACAAACACAUUUAUUUAUGUGGCUACUCAGUCCAAGUUCAGAGACCAGUUGAAAAUGAUGCUGAAGUAUCCUCUAACGUCUAUUCAUAAAUGCAUGAAUAGACAGAACCACUGA